AUGGAGCCACAGGGCGAAGAUUCUGUGGAGAAAGGAAAGGAGAAGGAGAAGGAGGAAGAGCAGUUGGAAAUAACUGAAGAUGAAACUCUGAAGUAUCACUUAUUGGGUCCGUCGUUGACCAAAGCCGGUCAAGAUGCGGUUGACCAGCGCAAGGUAUCAGAGAUUAUAUACAAUGCAUCAAAAGGGUCAAAAUUCUUCAAUCAUGAGCAGAAUCGCGACCAUGUUCUGACGACAAAAAUUGAGCGUAUCCUGAAAGAGAAGGCCCGUCUAGAAAAGCAAGAUUUAUCUUGGGACUUCCGCAAAGCAGACGAAUUCUUUGCGGAACUUGAACUCACACGAGAUCUGUCGCAGUAUGUGGUACAUGUUGACUGCGAUGCAUUCUUCGCUGCGGUCGAGGAGCUCGACCGACCCGAGCUGAAAACGGUACCUAUGGCCGUUGGUAAAGGCGUCCUUACCACUUGCAACUACGAAGCAAGGAAAUUUGGGUGCCGCAGUGGCAUGGCAUCAUUUGUAGCCAUGAAACUCUGUCCUCAACUGGUCUGCCUGCCCCAGAACUAUGAGAAAUACACCGCCAAAGCGAAAGAGAUUCGGGCCAUCAUGGCCCAGUACGAUCCUCUCUUCGAAAGUGCCAGCAUAGAUGAGGCAUACCUCAAUAUCACAUCUUACUGUGUAGAGAACCAGCUCGACCCAGAAGAAGCGGUUCAACGCAUGCGAGAAGAAAUACUAGAAAAGACACUUGUCUCCGUCUCUGCUGGCAUAGGGCCAAACGCCAAAAUUGCCAAGAUUGCGUCCAACCGCAACAAACCAAAUGGCCAAUUCCGUAUCCCUAACGACAGAGAUGCUGUGGUGGGCUUUAUGAAGGACCUCCCCGUCCGCAAAGUGAACGGUGUUGGCCGGGUAUUUGAACGAGAACUCGACUCGAUUGGCGUCAAGUCGUGCGGCAAUAUAUACCCGCAACGAGGCUUCUUGACCAAACUUUUUGGAGAAAAGGCAUUUCAGUUCCUGGCACAGUGUUACCUGGGCCUGGGAAGGACUAAGAUCCAGCCAGUUGAAAUCUAUGAGCGCAAGAGCGUCGGCACGGAGACCACCUUUCAGGAAAUUGGGAACAAGCAAGAACUCAGGAGCAAGCUAUGGUGGGCCGCACAGGAGCUUGAAAAAGAUCUGGCUCGCACGGAAUUCAAAGGCCGGACUCUAGUAUUGAAAGUCAAGCUACAUUCAUUUGAGGUGAUGACGCGCCAGACGGCACUGCCUAGGGCAGUAUCAGUCGCGAAAGAUCUCUAUGCGUUUGCGCUGCCUAUGCUGAGCAAAUUGGAAAAAGAUACCCCGAAUAUGAAGCUUCGACUUCUUGGUCUUCGUUGUACUAAUUUGGUGAGUACCAAAAAAGUUGGCGUUGAGUUCUUUGGAGUGGCCUCUCGAUCCAAACCUGCGACAGAGUCAACACCAAAUGGAAACGCAGAGCAAGAACCCGGUACAGAGGAAGCUUUCGAGCAGGCUGCCCGUCAAGAAUUCCAGGAUGAAAUGGAUCAUCUGGAACAGCUCAGCCAAGAGGUCUCUGACUCCAAGGAAUUGGAAAAUGCUGAGGCCAACAUUGUGGACAAGCCGAACGAACCGUCUACACCUGAGGUCGUAUACUGGGACUGUCCCAUCUGCUGCAGACCACAACCGGCUGAUGAUAAAAAUUUUAAUGAUCACGUCGACUUCUGUCUCUCAAAAGACACUAUCAAGGAGGCUGUCCAGGACGUUUCUCAGGUUUCGCCAAUGCCUUUAGGUCGAAAGAGGAAAACGACAUCCCCUCAUGAUCCUAAACAAAAACGACUCUUUUUUACGUGA